UGUAACAUGGAUCUCAUCAAUACAUGAUGAGUUGAGUAAGCCGUAAAGGGCACCUUUUACUGCCCGAAACCGGCUUCCUCGCUCCUCCGCUCUCACUACCCUCGACGGAGGAGCUUCCGCCCUGCAUGCCAUGGCCCCUCCUUCAACCAAGGCACUUCAAAACUUGCACUUGCGUAGUCCUGUUCUUGAUGUGCUGCUGGAACUGCGCUCAAUGACCGAUCGCGCCCCCCGGGCCACGAAGGUCAGAAGCGCUGGAACUCGAACGGGCGAUGGCCAACCUUGUGGUCCAGAAACGUAAUCUAAUAACAGAAUAAUAAACAUAAACAUAAUAACAGUAACAAGGAGUAACAAAAUUAAAAAAAGGUUUGGGGUUCCCCUUCUCCCAUCCCAGCAAUCAAUGAUCACUUGAGUUUAAAAUCCAAAACAAAUCAUUUAUUUAAUCAAAACAAGAGAAGGGAGUCAAAAUGGCUUCAGGAGGGGGCAAAGGCCAAAAUAACAAACAAAACUUAAAUAUCUGUUAAAACUACCUUACCUAACAAAGAAAAAGUGCAAAUGAACAACAUUAUCUUCCCUACCUCCCUCACCAACCAAAACACAGGAGAGAAGAUAAAAAGUUGAAAAUAAAUAAAUGGCACCCACCUCCCUACAGCUUCCACACUUAAAUAGUAUUUACAAUAUUUACUCAAUGAUUAAGGUUAACUUCAAGUUACCUUCAACUCACUAUUUACAACAAUAGAUGGUGACCACAACAACACUAUGUAGCAGCAAUACAUCAAACACAACUGUCUGGGAUGGGAAAAAGGGAAGUUCGAUUGCAGUGAAGAUCUGCUUCGAUUUAUCCUGUUUCCCUCUCCUCACCAACCAAUCCAGACAGGGGGGUGAUUGGUAAUCAUCAUUGAAGACACCUGACCCAAUGUUAAUCACCCUGCAAGGAGGCCGGAGGAAGAGAGAGAUAGAGAGAGAAACAAAACAGGAAAACCACAACACAUAGUGGACAAAAUCUCCAAUUGCAAUAAGGCCAAUGCCAUACAUCUAUAGAUGUAAUUGAACAAAAUAUGUUGACAAAGGAAGGAACCAACAAAUACGUCCUGGGAUGUAACAGACUGAUCAGUUGCACUUCAGCUUGGCAAUACUGACUCCACUAACGAGAAGACUAUUUGGGAAACCUGUUUGGAAUCAGUGAAUUUUUUAGUAACAGCCAAGAAUCACUAUUACUAUUGUGGAUGUGUACUUAAGCCCAAAGUGUACUUUGAUAUUCCAAUUAGUUCAGAUUACAUCUGCCUUUAGAGCUUCUUGUCAGCAAUGACUCAACUUUGAGUGUUGCCACCUUGUGGACCCGCUUAUUAGUGCAAAUAAUUCCAGGCCCAUCAGACAUUUUGGCUUCAAUUAGAGUAUGUUCACCUUCAUCUUUGGCACUACUGAUGGUACAUUGAGCGUGUGGAAACCAGGAAGUACUUGUGUUCAAAUAAAUAAUAAGUGCAAUCCAGAAGUUGUAUUUCUGCUCUAAAAUGCCAUUUUCACUCCACUGAUGGUUAGGGAGUAUAGAGUGAAUAAAAUAUGCAUUCCUGCUGUGAUUGUAAUAAGUCAUUUACAGCUAUAAAUAUAACUCACUUUUGGCGCCACCCUGUGGACGUUUCACCUCAACAACACCUCCAGCUUUGACUACUGGGGGCAGUGAUUUGAAUUUUGUUAUGCAGAAACUGCUGAAAACGUCCCUUAGACUUAUGCUGUUUUUUUUUAUGUGUGAUAUUGGGGUAGCUGUGGCUCAGGUGGUAGAGCAGGUUGGCCACUAAUCGCAGGGUUGGAGGCCCACAUGACGCCACAUGCCAAAGUGUCCUUGGGCAACACACUGAGUGGCAGGCUAGCGCCUUGCAUGGCAGCUCUGCCAUCAUUGGUGUGUGUGAGUGUGUGUGUGUGUGAAUGGGUCAAUGAGUCACAGUGUGAAGCGCUUUGAAUAACACUAAGGUUAAAAAAGUGCUAUAUAAGUUCAGAACAUUUACCAUAUUCCAAUUUGAAAUCUUGUGGACGAAAAAAAACUGUAAUUGAAGGAGGGACUCUGGCCAUAUCUAGGGACCUGAAUACCGUAGAGACUUGGGGGGUGGGCUCUAGCAGCCACUCAGAAUACCUUGGAAACCAAAUAGAAAAUGCUGGGAAAGAUUGUGUAAGGGAGCUUUGCUCAACAUGUGUUUGGUAAUUUGAGCUUCACCACAUCCUCUUAAAGGGACUCAAACUGUGAAACAAUGUACACAACAUCCUAAAAACCAUAAGCUCAUCUGUGAAGACAGAGCAAAAAAUGGAACCCCAGCCCAUCUAUGAAAAUUAUGGACGCAAAAACUGCAACAAGUCAAGUGGGAAAGAACAAAGCGGAGAAUAUAUUUAUGCUAAUGAAGAGACACGUGGACCUCAAAAUUUGAGUUGCAGACAGACCCAGGCAAAAACCCAAAACCACAAGGGAUGUAAAUGUUUUGUGCUGAGCGCAGUGUGUCUUGGGCUCAUUUGUGUUCUCCUGGCAUCUGGCAUUAUAAUGAUGCAUGCCAAGAACAUGGCAGAGAGAGAAGAAAGUAAUCUGAGAUACAGAGAUGUAGUCAUACAGAGCAACCAAACUACUAAUAUGUUACAGGCCAAAUACAAUGAACUAACUGCUGAGAAAGACCGACUACAGAGAAGCUUCAUGUCUUUGAAUCAGAAUUUGGAGACCAGAGUUGAACAAGUGAAAGCAAACAGGUGGCACUGGUACUUCAUAUCCAGUGAGAAGAAGAGCUGGUCUCAGAGCAGAGAGAUCUGUCGGGAUCGUGGCGGAGAUCUGGUCAUCAUCAACACUGAAGAGGAACAGAGGUUCAUAUCUUCAUUCAAGGAGAGAGUGUGGAUUGGUUUGUCUGACAUCGAGAAAGAGGGCAACAUGAAAUGGGUGGAUAAUUCACCACUGACGAAAUCAUUUUGGAGUAAGAAACAUCGUGAAAAGAAGGACUGUGUUGAAGUGAGUCCAGCUAAAGAUGUCCUGAAAAACUGGAAUGUUUAUCCAUGCUCAGAGAAGAGAAAAUGGAUUUGUGAGAAUUGGGUUUGGUCCCCUCUUGCAUGACAUAAUGCUUUCACAUUUUAAAUGUUAUUGUGAUCACAUCAUGUCUCAUUUAAACUCCAGUUCAAAUUUUAGCACAUUUCAGCAUACCUUGUAAACUGCUUUUAAAAUACCAUUUGAUGAUGUAUCAUGUUCUGCAAAGAACAAAAUUGAGAUGCUGAGAUGAAACAUGUUUGAAUGAAAAUGUCAAAUGGAUUAUUUCUUAUUGCUACUGUAUAACAAACUCAUCCUGUUUCUCAGAGUGAAUCCUAGUAAUCAUGGGACAUUGAGAAAUGUGACACACCUGACCAUUUGUUCAUUUCCUGCUCCAUCACAAUCAGGUCUAUGUUAUCUGUAAUGACUGUAUUUUAGUUAUAAUGUGUCUCAUAUGUUGGUCUGAGGUGUCAAUCACAGUAAAUUGCAUAUAAACAAAGAGCAAUAAAGUGCCGGAUUCCUUAAAUCACCAAUGUAUUUUGAUAUUGAGAUUUUCAUAUAUAGGCGAAAAGUAAAGAAGCUUUCUCUUUUAAUAAAAAUGUUAAAUUGUCAGUAAUAAACAGAGUUUUUGUCUGUAUUUCCUAUAAUAUAAAAUAGAUUUAUAGACACUCUUAGCUUGUGGUAUGUUAGUGUUAAUCUCACUCAGUUCUCUGAGAUCUUCAGUUGAAGUAUGUUUUGGUGAAGAUUAGUAGGUUUAAAGAAGUGAAAAGGGAACUCUUGAAAUGUAAGCGCAGUGUAGUUCUAGCAGGAAGACUAGCAGCUGUACAUCAUCGCACCAUUAGCUGGGUAACUCCUAGCCAAUCACAUGUAAGCCAUUGCUUUAUAGCUCUGCUCAUAAUCACAUUGCUGUUUCGGUGUGCUAACACGGCAACCUCCUCCACCCCACCACCAUGUGUUGAGUCCCGUCCUGCAUGGGGGUAGGCUACUCGCCCCUGCCUCCUAUCUCCAGCAGGAUCUGAUGGUUCCGAGUACAACUUCGGACUGCCAGAUGGGGCCUAAGCAAAAGAGAUAAAUUACAUUUCUGUUUUAUAUUCAUCAA